AUGGUGCGCCUACGAGACAUCCCCCGAACGGCCACCUUUGCGUGGUCGCCCGGCGCCGGCAAGCCCAUGGUCGUCACAGGGACCAAGGCUGGAGCGGUCGACGCCGACUUCUCUGAUGAGAGCAAGCUGGAGCUCUGGGACCUCGCGCUGGACAACCAGGAGCAGGGCAUCGAACUCCAGCCUGUGGUCAGCAUCACCACCGAGUCAAGAUUCUACGACAUUGCCUGGGGGCCUCCCGACGCCAACCACCCCAGGGGCAUCGUCGCAGGUGCUCUAGAGAAUGGCACCCUUGAGCUGUGGGACGUUGAGAAGCUCGAGGCGGGGGCUUCUGACGCCUCCAUCUCCAAGACGACGAAGCACACCGGUGCUAUCAAGGCUCUCCAGUUCAACCCUCUGAAGCCGCAGAUCCUGGCUACUGCGGGUGCCAAGGGCGAGCUCUUCAUCUACGACAUCGGCGACAUCGAGAACCCCUUCCGUCUGGGUAACGCGGCGGCCCGAUCCGACGAUAUCGACUGCUUGGCAUGGAACCGCAAGGUCUCUCACAUUCUCGCUACUGGAGGCCCCGGCGGCUUCGUGACCGUCUGGGAUCUGAAGACGAAGAAGGCAUCCUUGACCCUGAACAACAACCGCAAGGCAGUCAGCGCCAUUGCCUGGGAUCCCAAUAACUCCACAAAACUUCUCACGGCAACCCCCGACGACAACACGCCCGUCAUUUUUCUGUGGGAUCUGCGCAACUCCAAUGCUCCGGAGAAGACUCUCCAGGGACAUGAGCAGGGUGUCUUGUCACUAUCGUGGUGCCAGCAGGACCCUGAUCUGUUGCUCUCCUCCGGCAAGGACAACAAGACGAUUGUCUGGAACCCGCACACCGGAGAGCGCUACGGAGAAUUGCCCGAGGUCACCAACUGGACCUUCCAGACGCGCUUUCACCCUCACAACCCUAACCUUUCCGCUACCGCAAGCUUCGACGGCAAGAUCACGAUCCAAACGCUCCAAAACACCAACCCUGACAAGUCGCAAGCAAUCAACGAGAAACCCCUAGAUGACGAGGAGUUCUUUAGGGCUGCACAGACCCAGCCUCAGGGAGCUUCAUGGUCCUUACCCAAGGCGCCCAAGUGGUUUGAGCGACCUAUUGGGGCUUCCUUUGGCUUUGGUGGUAAACUUGUCAUUUUCAAGGAGUUGCCAACUCAGGCUGGCCAGAAGCGCCAAUCAAAACUGUCCAUCUCGCAGUUUUCUGCCGAUUCAGAUGUUGCGUCCGCUAUCGAAAGAUUCCAAGAGGCUCUCAAAUCCGAGGACGUCGUCACGCUUUGCGAAGAGAGAAAGGCUCAAGCUCAGACCGACGAGGAGAAGGCAGACUGGACAGUCAUUGAGACAUUAAUCGGCGAGAACCCUCGUUCAAAGAUUGUUGAGCAUCUCGGCUUCAAGGAAGAAGAUCUCACAAACGGCUCUGCUGCUGGUACGCCCGAGGGUGAGGAGAAGGAGACGCCUAAAAAGGAGGAGGAGGCUACAGACGCGGAGGGCAAGCCCAGGCGCCUGUCCAACUUCUUUGGAGGGGAUGGUGAGGGCGAGGGAGAUGAUUUCCUCUCUGGCCUGGCUGCCAACAAAGGUGCUAAGACGGACAAGCCUUUCCACCUCUUCAGUGACGGCGAUACAUCUGUCGAGAAGGACAUUACGAGAGCUCUCAUGCUGGGCAACUUUGCCAAGGCCACGGAUAUCUGCUUGAAGGAGGAUCGUAUCGCAGACGCCUUCCUCAUUGCCAACUGUGGCGGCCAGGAGCUCGUCGAGAAGGUGCAAUCUGCUUAUCUCGCUCGCAAGGACGGCGUUCCCAGCUACUUGCGGCUCAUCAGCUCUGUCGUUGACAAGAACCUGUGGGAUAUCGUGUACAAUGCAGACCUCGAGAACUGGAAGGAGACAAUGGCAAUCAUUUGCACCUUUUCAGACCCUACUGAGUUCCCAGACCUUUGCGAGGCACUGGGCGACCGGAUCAACGAGCAGGGUCAGCGAAAGGACGCUUCCUUCUGCUACCUCGUGGGCUCGAAACUCGAAAAGGUCGUCGCCAUCUGGGUGGAUGAGCUUAAGGAGGCGGAGCAAGCGAGGAUGCAGCAGGAGUCCGGUGAUUCUACCUUUUCGGUCCACACUCGAUCGCUCCAGAGCUUCAUUGAGAAGGUGACUGUGUUCCGCCACGUCGCCAAGUUCCAGGACAAGGAACUGUCCAAGACGGCAGACUGGAAGCUGGCGACGCUCUACGACAAGUACACCGAGUACGCCGAGAUUCUGGCCGGCCAGGGCAAGCUGGAGGUUGCCCAGAAAUUCCUCGAUCUGCUGCCAGCCAAUUAUCCAGCUGCCGAGCUGACAAGAAGUCGAGUGAAGCUCGCAACGCAGAAGAAGCCCGCUGCCGUGCCGAUCACGGUAUCUCGCCGAACGCCAUCAACGACUUCAGCCGGAAAGCAGCCACCUGUGGUAGGCUACCAACCUCCUCAGCCUGCCUCCAUCCCGGCUCCCACGAACCCGUAUGUCGGACUGCAGCAGACUUCACCGGCGGUGUCAGCCUCUCAGCAGUACAAGCCACCAGUCAACCCCUAUCAGCCCCAAGGUUACCAACCUCAGGGCUAUCAGCCACAGGGGUACCAGCCUCCUAGUCAGUUUGGCUACACUGGAGCGCCCAUCGCACCUCCUCCCAUCAGCGGACCCCCGAGGAACACGACGCCAUCAUCUUCGGGUCCUCCACCUGCAGCAAAGGCCAAGAACACUGAGAACUGGAAUGACGUCCCUAUGGUGACAAAGGCCGCGCCACGAAGGUCAACGCCCAGCGUCCCGCCCAUUGCGUCUCCCUUUGGAGCCCAGCAGGGCCAGGCAGCUCAUCCCCCUCCUCCGUCAUCAACGUCGCCUUACGGGGCUGGUGCUAGGGCUAGUCCUCCUCCACCUCCCAAGGGACCAGCUCCUCCACGAGUCCAGUCCCCAUUAGCCGGACCGCCAGUGACCGGGCCACCUCGAACCUCAUCUGCGGCAGCAAAUCCAUAUGCUCCGCCGACUCCCAUAACCGGGGCCAUUCCGACUCACCCGGCCCCUCCAGUGAUGCCUCGCACAGCUUCGCCAUAUAACGCGCCUCCUGCCGGGCCUCCCCCUUCGAACCGAUACGCUCCAGUGACCGGAACUCAGCAGCAGCAGCCUGGACAGUAUGGCAGCGCCACCAUGCCACCGCCUCCGGGCCCGGCUAGCAGACCGCCACCGCCCGCAAAUCCUUAUGCGCCGCCAGUUCAACAGCAGCCGGCAGCGCCCAGUCCGUAUGCCCCAUCACCGUACGCGCCGGCCCCCGGACAGGUGCCUGCCACUCAGCCGCCACCAACAGGUCCUCCUCCGAUGGGCCGGCCUCCUUCGACCACUUCUGCUCCUCCGCCCGCUAAGCAGACCGCACCACCCCCAGCAGCCAAGCAUCCCCCUGGCGAUCGAUCACACAUCCCACCUCAUGCUCAACAGUUGGUGGAUAUCCUAAGCUCAGAUAUGCAGCGAGUGGCGUCCAAGGCACCUCCCACGUUUGCUCCUCAAGUCAAGGACACCCAGAAGCGUCUGAACAUUCUCUUCGACCACCUGAACAACGAGGAGCUUGUGCAGGCAUCGACUAUUGAGCAGCUGACACAGCUCGCUAUCGCAAUGCAAGCCAAGGACUACGCCACAGCUCAAAGGCUGCAGAUGGAAAUCAACCGAGACAAGACUGAGGAGUGCGGUAACUGGAUGGUCGGAGUUAAGCGACUCAUCAGCAUGAGCAAGGCGACCCCUUGAUGAGUGAUUAAUGCUUUUUAUAGGAAGAAUUAUGGACUUUUGUAGACGAG